GAGGGAGGGUGGUCCUCUACCUCCACAUGCACUUCCUGCAUCGUCCACUGGAUAGACUAUAUAAACCCGCAGAGACCACCUUCUCCUGAAGACCUCUUAUAGUUUGCCAAGCUCCAAAAACUGUCGUGCGCGGACAGCUCCAGGCAUCGCUUGCAGAGGAAAGCUCAAUCGGAGACGGGAAGGAUUUGCAAGCAUGCAGCCUCACUUACUCGCGUUCAUACUUCUGUGCACGCACUGCGGAGCAAGUGCACUGGCGGUCGCCGUGGACGCCGCCACCGACGCGCCAUCCCCGGCGUCGCCAGCGGCCAAUUUCACCGGCACCGGCACGGGAGCCGACGCCAGCAGUUCUAAAAGCAGGAGGAAGCGUUACAUUAGCCAGAACGACAUGGUGGCCAUUCUUGAUUACCACAACAAAGUGCGAGGCAAGGUGUUUCCUCCAGCGUCUAACAUGGAAUACAUGGUGUGGGAUGACAGUCUGGCCAAGUCAGCUGAGAACUGGGCCCACGCUUGCCUGUGGGAGCACGGCCCGUCUCACCUCCUCAGGUUUCUGGGUCAGAACCUCUCCGUCAGGACAGGACGGUAUCGGUCCAUUCUGCAGCUGGUGAAGCCAUGGUACGACGAGGUCAAGGAUUACUCCUUUCCUUACCCCCGCGACUGCAACCCCCGAUGCCCCCUCCGAUGCUACGGCCCCAUGUGCACCCAUUACACACAGAUGGUGUGGGCCACCUCCAACAAAGUGGGCUGUGCCGUGCACACGUGCCACAACAUGAACGUUUGGGGUUCCGUGUGGAAGCGGGCGACGUAUUUAGUCUGCAACUACUCGCCAAAGGGCAACUGGAUCGGAGAGGCUCCCUACAAAGUCGGGGUCCCCUGUUCCGCCUGCCCCCCCAGCUACGGGGGCUCGUGCAGCAACAACAUGUGCUUCCCCGCUCUGAAGACAAACUACCUGCACUGGUUCAAAUAAACACAAGCUGCACCCGAGCCACAGUACCACAGAGACACUAUUCUCAUGGAGUAGCGUCCGGAUUUGCACAAGAGGCAUGGACCAGUCAAUUUUUGUAUAUAUGGGCUUAUUUAAAAGACACAAAGCCACAUCUGAAGGCAGCAGACAAUUUUUGACGACGUGUACAUAAUCUGUAAAUGAAUUUUGACCAGAUUUGCUAAUAAUUGUGUAAUUUAUGUGUCCAAUCCUUCCAAAACAUCCACACCAGCAGGGUGCUACGUAGAGUUUACGGCGGCGGCGGAGGCCCGAACGUGACGACAGCUGCUCAUACGUGCUCACUACGGUGCUAUGCGGGCAUCACACCUCCCUGUUGUGUGCUCUGCCUUUUAAGAAUGCUGGAAUCGAACCUUCAAACGGACGCCAGCAGAGCGACGCUACACGCUUCACCCUCGGGCGUCUAUUUUUGUCCCGUGAGGAAUUGCUCGGACAAAAGUGCACUUAACUGUGAAAUUUGAAAUGUAAACCUGACCUGACUACUUCUGUUUUUUUAUUAUUACUUUUUUUAAGCGCAGUUUAAAUCUGCACUUAUUUGGCUUUAACACCGCAAAUGAUUUGUCUAAAGCACAACAAACCUGACCCCUUUUUGUAUUUGCUAAUCAUAUGUGUUAUAUACUGUACUCUUAUGUAUUGAUAUAUUGGAAAAUGUAUUUUUUGCUGUCAUGCAAUUUUGGAGCGAGACACUCAAGUGCACCUUAAUUGUUGUAAAUGUCCAAAAUACCAGAAAAAUCCUUUUGUAUACGUGUACAUAACCAUUAUACUCUGAUAUACCCUUUAAACUAAACUACAAUUAUUGCAUAAGUUAUUCAUUUUUUUAUAUAUUUUAUUAUAUUUUUGUAUUGUUUUGUUAAACAAUAGCGAAACAAUUAUUAGUAUGUGGUUCAUUGGCAACAAAGCACUAGCAAAAUAUCCCGGCAACGCCGACAUUUUUGCAGCGUAAUCAACUGAUAGAAAAAAAGUGGGCAUUGCUGCUAAAAAUAAAAUAAAAUAAAAGCAAAACAGGAAAUGUUCCGCACUGACUGUAUGGAAAUCAACAAGCCAUUUAUGCAAUGUGCUCUCUUGCUAUUGGAAUGUGUAAUAAAAUGGUGUAAA